AUCAGCCGAAGCGCGUCCAUUACGCAUUACCGAACCCGGUCAUCCUCAAUCGUAGUAGAUUUCGAGGAACGGAGAUGAGCAGCAAUCGUGGUAAAUUAGCACCAGAAGUGAACCGCUACAACGUAACUCCCGAAGAGUUGUUCGACCUGUUCGGAAAAUUCGGCCCAAUCCGACAGGUUCGACAGGGCAUUGCCAACAACACGAAGGGCACCGCAUUCGUUGUCUAUGAAGACGUCAUGGAUGCCAAGCAGGCUUGCGACAAGCUGAACGGUUUCAACUUCCAGAACCGUUACCUUGUCGGCCCGUCUUCCAUGUCUUCACCCAAGACUUCCACCGCCGCCGCCGCGGCCUCCCCUUCUUCCAAGACGGCCCACCGUCACGACAAGCUUGGCGUUGCCGGGCACGUACGCCGGGCCGUCGUCCGCUUCGCCGACGGAGGUCGAUCCAACGCCCUCCAGCCACAGACAUGUGCGUAA